CACGGUAGCUUUAUUUUCUGUUUUGGAAGUGCAGAGUGGGCUAUGGCCUGGUUAGCACAUUCAAGAUGGAUCGAAGGGUCUCUUUCCGAGCUGUACAUCUCUGAAUGACUGACGUAAAAUACUUCUCCACGUUCAGUGCAACUUUUCCAGGCCCAGAAGCUGCAGUGUCUUUUAGUUAUCAGCAGAUUCAAAUAAUCACACCUUUAGAAUCAGAGGGGUUAUCCGCUACAUUUGUUGCAGUUCCCCCAGGAGACUGCAUGGUGAACUUAUACAUUAUAGGUACCUGACAAAAGUGAAAUGUAGCAAGCACCCUCCAUUAACAACUGCAGAAAAUACUGGAAAAACUGAGCGGGUCCGGCAGCAUCUGAAGCACAGUCGACGUUUCGAUUCCGAUAAUCCCCCUACAGAACAGUAUAAAAGUUUUUACUUUGCACAGCAAUUAGUUAUGAAGUACCAAGCGCCUGGAACUGGAACAAACACAUAGCAUCAAGAAUUCAACCGGCACUUCCGCCGUGUUGCUAGGAGACUGUACUGGCUUCCGGUGUGAUGGAGGUGGAGGAGGCGCAGGCUCAGACCUAUCCCUCAAUGGUCGAUCGCUACUUUAGGCGCUGGUAUAAGACAGAUGUUAAAGGGAAACCGUGUGAAGAUCAUUGUAUCUUACACCAUUCUAAUAGGAUAUGUGUCAUCACACUGGCAGAAUCUCACCCUCUAUUACAGAGUGGGAAAGAAAUAAAAAAUAUCAGCUACCAGAUCAGUGCCAACUGUAGUCGACUACAAAACAAGGUUUCAGGAAAAUCUAAACGGGGUGGACAGUUUCUAACAGAACUUGCACCAUUGUGCAGAAUACUGUGCUCAGAUGGCGAGGAAUACACAAUAUACAGUUGUAUCAGAGGACGUUUACUGGAGGUAAAUGAAAAUAUUCUCCAGGAUCCCAGCCUUCUACAAAAAAAGCCAUCUACCGAAGGAUACAUUGCUGUUGUAUUACCCAAAUUUGAAGAAAGCAAAAGCAUAACCCAAGGUUUAAUUAAUCAAGAACAGUAUCAAGAUAUUAUUUCAAAGAGACCCAAGACAACAGCAGAAGUAGUGGGAAAUACUGACUUCAACAGUCUAAACCCUAGCUCUCUUAGCAAUUGAGAUAACAAGGUGUAGAGCUGGAUGAACACAGCAGGCCAAGCAGCAUCAGAGGAGCAGGAAAGCUCUCCUAUUAUUUCAGAACCCCCUUCCCUCCCCCACUUCUGAAGAAGGGUCUAGCCCAAAACGUCAGCUUUCCUGCUCCUCUGAUGCUGCUUGGCCUGCUGUGUUCAUCCAGCUCUACACCUUGUUAUCUCAUUCUCCAGCAUCUGCAGUUCCUACUAUCUCUCUUGGCAAUUGCAUUCCUUAAGUUUAAGCUGUUUUAUUUCAGAUGAAAAUUAAACCAGCAACAUGCUUUAAGUGUUUAAAUGGAUGAUCUAUGUGAUGAACCAGUUGUUUUGGUCUUGAAUUACAUACUUGAAAGUCAGUUUUCUUCAGUUUAUUUCUCAUUGAAAAUAGGUUUAAAGCAAUAUUAAAAAAAAAACUAUUGUUUUGCCUACUUUUUCCUAGAAAUAUGUUUAAAGCUUUUUAAAAUUUUAACCUUGCUUAAUGAGAAAGAUUUUUGUAUAAUGACAUUUAAAUUGAAAACAAGUGCAAAAUGUUAUUCAGAAAUUAACCUGAAACUUUAUUAAAUUUCACUUAUUUUGAUAUUGAGCUAAAUAUCCUGAAUUUGUUUUAGAUUGAAGACUGUCCACCAAUCUCUUGAGAUUUUGUAUAUGUGUAUUACAAAAAUAAAGAUUUCAACUUUU